AUGGGCUCAGACGAAAAGGAUAUCGGUAUUUCCUCUGGCGUGGACACCGGCAUCAACGUGGACAAGAUAAAGCAUGUCGAUCCCACCAUCGAGAAGCAUGCACACGAUGCCGAUGAGGCCAUGAAGGUCUUUGGCGGUCUUCAUGGCGAAACUAUCGAGCUAGACGAGCCUACGAAUCGUCGCCUAUUAAAAAUUAUCGAUUGGCAUAUGAUGCCCAUCAUGUGCGUUGUCUAUGGCAUGAAUUAUCUGGAUAAAACCACUCUCUCCUAUGCUAGUGUUAUGGGUCUGAAGAAGGAUCUGAAUCUUGAAGGAGACCAGUAUCAGUGGCUCGGGAGUUUGUUCUACUUUGGUUAUCUCGCCUGGGAGUACCCGACCAACCGCCUCCUCCAGCGCCUUCCACUAGGAAAAUACUCUGCAGCCUGCAUCUUGAUCUGGGGGUUGAUUCUCAGUUGUUUUGCUGCUGUCAACAACUACCCCGGAGCUAUCGCUAUCCGCUUUAUGCUUGGUGUAUUCGAAGCCGCUGUAACACCAGGCUUUGCCCUUUUAACUUCUCAGUGGUACACAAAACAAGAACAAGGCAGCCGCGUCAACAUAUGGUUCAGCUUCAAUGGCGUGGGCCAGAUCUUCGGCGGAGUAGUCGCCUACGGUAUCGCCGUCGGUACCGAGAAACAUGGGUCCUCCAUUGAGCCAUGGAAGAUUAUUUUCCUCGUCACCGGCCUCCUCACUAUCUGCCUGGGACUGAUAUUCCUCUGGGUCGUGCCAGACAACCAACUUAAUGCACGCUGGUUGAAUGAAGAAGAUCGCGUCUUGGCCGUUGCCCGUGUACGGGUCAAUCAGCAGGGUAUUGGAAAUAAGAACUUCAAGAUGUAUCAGGUCAAAGAGGCACUGCUGGAUCCAAUGACCUGGGCUUUCUUCUUUUACGCUUUGAUUGCUGAUAUUCCGAAUGGGGGUAUUACAAAUUUCUUCAACCAAUUGAUUACAAGCUUCGGAUACAACGAGAAGGAGAGUCUAAUUCUGGGUGUCCCGGGCGGCGCAGUGGAAAUCGUUGCGCUGUUGCUUAACGGCUAUGUCGGACAUAUCACCGGGCAGCGCGUCCUUGCCAGUUUGGGUGGGCUGAUCGCUGCAAUUGUGGGAAUGCUUCUCAUUGUCGCCCUUCCCCUAUCAAACAACGUCGGUCGUCUAAUCGGCUAUUACCUCACACAAGCCAGUCCAACACCUUUUGUCGCAUUACUGUCACUGAUUUCUUCUAAUGUUGCGGGAUAUACUAAGAAGACUACUGUGGCGGCUUUGUAUCUGAUUGGAUAUUGUGUCGGAAAUAUUAUUGGCCCACAAACCUUCCGUCCAGAGGACGCCCCCCGUUAUGUCUCCGCCGAGGUGACAAUUAUCGUCUGCUGGGGUGUGUGUUUAUUCCUGCUGGUCGGAGUGUGGAUGUGGUAUCGCCGCGAGAACGCGAAGAAGGCCCUUGUCACUGCUCAACCAGAGUAUGUGAGACUAGAGAAUCAAGAGUGGCUUGAUCUAACAGAUCGGGAGAACCCCGAGUUCAUUUAUUCUCUAUAA